UAAGUCAUGAACAAUUACAUGAAGUAUCAUGCUCCCUAGUCGUCAAUUAUUAGGAAGGUGUUCUGAGCUUUUGAAGGUUUUUUGCUGAUAAUAAGUUUACAGUUUUCCCAAUAUGGCAGGCGUUAUAACUGCAUCUAUUGUGACCGUACAGAUCACUAGUAAUAUCACGUCUCUUGUAUCGGAGAAACGAUACGGCAAGGAUAUAACAAUCGCUGCCUUGAAGGGCAAGUUAGAGCUGAUAACUGGAUGUUCAUCAGCAAAUGUGGACCUUCAGUUGUUUGACAAGGAUGGCAAGCUUGUUGGAGUAAUGGAUAACGAUGAGGCCAUGUUGGGCUCCUAUCCAGUGGAUGAUAACAUGAGAAUUCAUGUCAUAGAUAGAACUCCUGGAGUCAAGCCUGGGCAAUUUGAAGAUGUGUCAAAAGUGGAGAAAUUUGAGAUUAGUGAAGAAGAAUAUAGCCAAAAAGCAGAUUCAGUAAGAGCCUUCAAAAUGAGGAAUAAGCUUGGUAGAUUCAAGGAAGUUUCCCCAGAGGAGGAAGAACUUCAAAAACAGCAGGAGAGACAGGAGCAAAAGGAUGCUGAAGCCAUCCCAGUGGGCUCCCGCUGUGAGGUCAAGGUUGCAGGUGCCCCGCCCAAGCGAGGAGAGGUUAUGUUUGUAGGUACAACAGACUUCAAACCUGGUUACUGGGUGGGGAUCAAGUAUGACGAGCCAUUGGGUAAAAAUGAUGGAAGUGUCGCAGGCAAGCGCUAUUUCCAGUGCCCUCCCAAGUAUGGUGGCUUCGUCAGGCCAAAGGAUGUGGAGAUCGGAGACUUUCCCGAGGAUGACCUUGGCCUUGGGGAUGAUGACGAGAUGUAAAGCUCAGAAACAGGUGCUUUAGAAUCACCAAAUACACAGACAUUGUCUAGGGGUUUUAAUAUCAUCAAAUACACAGAGAUUCUCUAACAGUUUUAGUACCACCAAAUAUGCAGAAACUUUCUAGGAGUCUUAUAGUUGUCAGGUAGUAUUGUUGCAACAAGAAAGGCAAGGGUGGGAAUAUGCACAGUUGAUCCGGAGAGGAACCGUUCUUAGCACUUGCUGGAGUACUUUAUCCGCAAAAGGGAUUUUUUUUUUAUAAUUUGUGAAGUGCUCACAGUCAUAGACAUUCUGUGGUGCGUGUUAUAGAGGCAGGUAAGACCAAGCUAUUCCAAAAUGUGCGUUGCAAUAAAUUAAGCGGGGCAAUUUAAUAUUUAUUCCUUUAAAAAAAGCGUUUAAAAACGUGUGUGAAUUUAUUCAGCUGAACAAUGAAAGGAAAUACUUGAUAACAUUCAUUGUCCUACACCUUUAACUUUAGCUAACUAUUGCAAAUUUUAAGACCUUAAAAGGUCUUCAUUUUAUUGGGAAGACCAGUAUGAAAAACAACACUGGAUGGGAUAAACCACAUGUGAAAAUAAUUUUAAAUGUUUUGUUCUGCCCCGGCUAGAAGCCUGGAUCUGCUCCUGUCAGCCACAAGUGCUGGUGAUAAUGCGACCGGCAAUUACUGGUUUAUUCUAUUAGCCCUAGAGUUAUAUAAGCACUUUUCAAGGAGAGCUAUUCUACAAUUCUCUGGCUGUUUUAUUCAUAGCCUGGUAUGAGUUUGUUUGAUUAAACCAAACAAAUGAACCAGAGCUGAUGCCACGCUAAAGACACAGGCAAAUUAUCUAAAAAAAAUCUAAAACUCUAUGUUAUUUUGAAAAAAAUACUUAUCAACUAGCGUGACAUAUCUGAUUGUGUGACACAAGCGUGACACGACUAUCUUCCUGAUAAUGCUGUGUUAUUGUUUUCUUGUCAAUUUGCGCGACACAUUUGAUUGUGUGACACGAUCAUCUUUCUGAUAAUGCUGAGCUAUUAUUGUUCUCAUGGCAGUUAGGCAAGGCCUCUUGUUAUUAUUUUUCAUCAAAUAAAUUGUUCGUUACUCUAA